AUGUAUUGGGCAAACAGGACAAGGGUUGCAAUGAUAGCAGACCGCAUGACUAGAGAUCAUUAUUUUAAAAUUCGGACAAAUUUGAAACUUGUAAAUGAUCUUGAGGUGGAUGAAGCAUCCAAGCAAAAUAAAUUCUGGAAAGUUAACCCUUUGAUCAAAACUGUGAGAAAAGCUUGCCUAGAAACUCCCAGAUCUCAACAUAUUAGUGUAGAUGUAAGAGGAAAACCAAACCCCUGUGGUUUAAAAAACUUCGUGUGCACUACUCCAGAUGGUGUGCCUUUAGACUUCUUCAUGUAUGAGGGCAAAGAAGAUACAAUACUCACAACCAAUGAAGCUGAAGGUCUUGAUAUUGGCGGAAAAGUUGUGCUGAAGUUAUCUGAAACUUUGCCUAAAGGAGUUAAGUUAUACAUGGACAGAUACUUUAGAUCAUUGGAUUUACUGGACUAA